AUGUUUCUCUACCAACUGCUCAACUUUUUCUUUGCAGCUUCCAAAAAGGAGGAGGACUCUAAAUAUGACCUGUCCCUGUACAAGCGCGGUGACCUGUUAGAAGUACCCCGGACAUUAUUCACCCAUUUCGGUAUCUACUUGGGUGACGACCGUGUGGCUCAUCUCAUUCCGGACAUCCUGCCUGUUAUUUCCAAGAAUAAAUCUGCCAUUGCCAAGAUGGUAACAAAUAACCGCUUGUUGCUAGGGGUUCUCACUAAGGUUGCCAGCGUCCGAGUGGACUCUGUGGCGGAUUUUGCUUAUGGCUCAGAAAUUCUGAUCAACCGCAUGGACAAAGUGUGCAGCCAGCCUCCGCUGGAUGGGGAUGAGGUGGCUCGAAGGGCUGAGAAACUCCUGGGCUCUGUUACCUACAGUUUACUGUGGUACAACUGUGAACACUAUGUCAUGUACUGCAGAUAUGGCAUGGCUAUCAGCUACCAGACAUACCAGUUCUGCACAACAGUAAGGAAGAUCGUCUGCAGCAGGAUGAGUGCCUACUUGACUGCACUAUGUGGUGUAGGAACCAUGCUGUAUCUGGGCUGCGUGUCGCUAGUGACUGUUUUACCAACCCUGCUCAUCUCAUUCACCAUCUGGAUGGCCGCCUAAAGGCCUCACGAGUAAAGACUUGAAUUUGACACGGCGUUGGAUGCUUAAAGGAAGUCCUGUGGUUUAGCUGGGAGACUAAAUGCACUGGGAAACAAAUGUUUUCACAGUAAUGAAAUGUCAUUGUUUUAUGAUUUGCAUUCUUUGGCCAGUUGGUUUUUUUUUAAAUAUUUACAAAUGUUUUUUUUUCUUUGCCUUGGUGGGAUUUGCUUUCAGUGACGUUGCUGUUCUAACGAUCUUUUUUUUCUGUUAGAUGUCUAAUUUUGUCUGUUAUUCAUGAUUGAUGAUCACCAGGCUCUGAUAUUCAACAUUCAUCUCUUUUAACAGUAGCAGUGUAUAGUUUAUAAAUGAACUUUGACUCAGAACAUUGGCAAACUCUUGAAGACUGAGAUGAAGCUCAACAUAAGACGUUAAAAAGUGAUGUACAGUAUACAGUAGUGAUGAUAUAUGCAUACUGAAUGUAGCCAUUAUAGGGACAACACAGUGGAUACUUUUAUAUACUUUAGGAUCAUUUAAAAAAGUCAUCAGUGUGAUACUACACUCAAAUCAUGCUGUAGCUUGAAAGUUGGCGUGGACAAAGUGCAAUAAGGUUCUAAUGUAAUAUUACUUUGAUAGAUCAUGUUGGCAAUUGUCAUAUAUGUUUUUGUUGGCCCAUUAACAA